GAAAAUGUUGAGUAAAAAAAGUGCAGGCAAAGUGGAGGAGAGAGGACACUGGGGCAAUAAGGUGGAGUUUCUCCUGGCUGUGGCGGGCAACGUUGUUGGUCUGGGCAAUGUUUGGAGAUUUCCUUACCUAUGCUACAAAAAUGGAGGGGGUAAGCAAAAAACAAAGCUUAUGAAAUGUUACCUAAAGUCUGUACUUGGUAUGCAGCUUUUAAUUUUUGUUUAAGGUGCAUUUCUGGUGCCAUAUCUCGUGUUUGUUGUGACCUGUGGGGUACCUCUGUUCCUCCUGGAGACAACCAUCGGUCAGUUCACUCAGGAGGGAGGCAUCACCUGCUGGAGGAAACUGUGCCCACUGGCAGAAGGUAUAUUGAUUUGACUGAAGCCUUUCAAAACAAAAAAAAACAUAUUUAACGUACAAAUCUGGAAAAAAAAAAUUAAUAACCAGAAUGUCUCUAAACACUAGUGGUAUCUUUACCUCCGUGAGACAGUUUCUUCCCCUUUUUGAAGGGAAAGUGCAUGUUAGUGAACCAUUUACAUUCUGUAACUAGGGCUGACACAAAUCCUAACACAAAAACCAAUACACCCAUUUUCCAUCCCUGUCAGUCAUCUAGAUAAAUAUUGACAAAGGCAGCAACUGCAUGGCCUCACUGACCUUCAAUUCAAUCCCAUUUCUAAUAUUCUGUUUAUCGAUUUUGUCACACUAAGAAUACAGUACAUGCAUAUCAAUGAGGUGCCUUACUUUUAACGUCUUGGGGAAUAUUGCUGUAAAAACACUGAAUCAUUCAUGGCUGGUCGAGGGAACUAUGCAAAAUCUGAUGUCAUCUUGAGUGCUGUGCCAUGAGCCAAGAAUGAAGACUGACAGUCUGAAUUUUAACAAAAUAAAUAAAUAAAUAAAAAAACACACACAAGCACUACAAAAUAGUGAAAAUUCUGGAGUUUGUCAUGCUUGUCAAUAACAGUAUAAAUACCCACCCCACAGGUAUUGGUUAUGGCGGACAGCUGAUUCUCUUCUACAGCUGUAUGACCUACAUCAUUAUUCUGUCCUGGGCUCUUCUGUUCCUGGUGUUCUCCUUCAGCCCUCAGCUCCCAUGGGCCAGCUGCAGCAACUACUGGAACACAGGUUAAAUGGCAACAGUCACAUUCAUGGAGGUUGACUUGCAAAACAGAGUACAUAUAAUCAAUAGACUGACAUUGUGAUGCUGAUUUUGCACAGAAUUUUUUAUGUAUGUUUAGAGAACAUUCAAGUGUUUUAUUUCCAUAGAAAAGACUAUUUUUGACGGCUGAAUGAAAUGCAACAGAGGUCCUGAUUUUCAGAUCCUGGAUUUCUGGCUAAACUGUCAAUCAUCUCUGAAAGUUUGUCAUGAAGACUAAAAGAAAAAAAAUAGAGGACUUAUGCCUCAAACUAUGUCCUCAGACUAUUUAAGUUUUGCAUGUUUCACUUCCCACUGAGCAUUUUUUGGUCUAAAAGAGGUUUAAAAGACGUCUAAAUGUAGCCUAGACGACUGGUCUAAAAUCAGGGUACUACAGGUCUAAAAAUAAAAGGUUUUUGGACAUCUAAAUUUAGACCAAUUUUAGACUAGCUGGAAAACAGAGGUAUAACUGUAUAUUUCUCAACGGCUAUCAUAAUUAUUGGAGAGUUAUCAAAUAAUGGGUUAAAGCGCAACGCCUGAAUUCCGUCUAAAAAUAUACAGAAUCUAGACGGUUGACAUCCAAUAGCCGUCUCUUGCUAAGUGGGUUCACUUUCACAAAUAUAGUAAAAAUUUGAAUUAAACUGACUUGAUCAUGAAUGGAUGAUUAUUAUUAUUGAUCUCUUAUUGUACUUUCAGAUGACUGUGUAGACUUCUCAUCACAUAACAAGUCCUUUGAAUGGACCAACCAAACAAACACAACAUCUGCUGCCACUGAGUUCUGGGAGUAUGUUGAUUUUUCGUCUCAGUUUUCUGGGCUCCAUUAAAAGGAGUGAGAGUUGUUAAAUCUUGUUACAAUAGUUGUUCUUAUUGUUUUGUGGCAGGCGGCGAGUGCUUGCAAUUACAGGAGGAAUUGAAGAGGUAGGCAGCAUCAGGUGGGAGAUACUACUGUGUUUGAUUGCCAUGUGGAUCACCUGUUACUUUUGUAUCUGGAAAGGAGUCAAGUCUACUGGAAAGGUACUUGUAUCAUCCCCUCACCACGCUGAAUGUUUAAUCACCAUAUUUAUGAAUUCCUGAGCAGUCAUCUUUAUUUCCAGGUGGUGUAUUUUACCGCCACUUUCCCCUACGUGAUGUUGUUAAUUCUUUUGAUUCGUGGGCUUUCACUACCGGGGGCUCAAGAAGGCGUCUUAUUUUAUCUACUGCCUGAACCCUCACGGCUAAAAGACCCUCAGGUGAAAGCUAAAUGAUAUACAUUAACAGUUGGGUGGGAAAAUGUACUGACCACAGUUUGUUCAUAAUAGGUUUGGAUGGAGGCUGGGGCUCAGAUUUUCUUUUCAUACAGUGUGGGUGUGGGCUCCUUGACCGUCCUGGGCAGCUACAACAAGUACAACAACAACUGUUAUAAGUGAGUGUCUGUCAAUCUGUGCUUUCUGGCAGAAUUGUGACUUAGGCUUGGAGCUCACAGUAUGUGUUGAUGAGUUACACAGUAUGAAGUCGUGAAACACCCUAAUAUAUUUUCUAUAUUCCACAGGGACUGUCUGUGGCUGUGUUUACUCAACAGUGGCACCAGCAUGGUGGCAGGAUUUGCAGUCUUCUCUGUGCUGGGGUUCAUGGCUCAUGAGCAGGGUGUUCCAAUAAGUGAGGUGGCUGAGUCAGGUAAAGUCUCCUAAUUGAGGAGUUGUGAUCUUGUCUACCUUGAUCCAUUGUUUCAAAAUGACACUAUUAGAGCAUCUUGUAAUCAUAUCACACUGUGGCCCUGUGGAGGUCUCUGGUAUAGGCAUUGGCUAGAGACAGUAACAAUAAGUCAAAUAGAAAAGGCUAUCAUAUUAUAACCACCAAGAUUAAAUUACAUACUGUAUACCUCUAGAAUAUACAAGUUUGGGGGUUAAAAAGUCGAGGAUUUGAUCUCCCCUCAGUGUUUUUUUUACUCUUGUUAUCCUUUUUCCUUUUCUUUAGUCACUUGUCUCAGAUCAAGGCGAAAAAAUCACUGCAUCUCACAUUUCUCUUUCUCUCUUGGCUCCCCUGAGGAUAAAAAAGUCAACAAUAUGUUUGUAUACAGGAUUAAAUCCAGUUACCAUUGAUCAGCGACAGCGGUAAACUGAUUAUUACACUUAUAAAUCAGUGUUUCAGUUCCAAAGAGUUAAACACGAUGAGAUGAGAGUACUUUUCUUACUUUAAGGAAAUGUGAUGACAGCUGAUGAUACCUUUAUAUAUCCUCUAAUUUUUAAGCAUUUAUUGUUAUUAUGAUUAUGAUUAUGACUAUGAUUAUGAUUAUUAUUGUUAUCUUAUCAGGAUAUAAUGAAGCAAAUCUUUUCUGGUUUAUUGGGAAAUGUGAAAAUCAUUGACCUGGUCCUUCUUCGUAGAGGAUCCCAAUAGUUCUUCCCCCAUUAGUUAGGGAUGGAAAACUAUUUGCUGCCAUCUUGAGGAUAAAGACAGACAUGAAGAGUAAAGGCAGUUUUCGUCAAUAGUGAGAAACUUGUCUUAAGCAGAACCAUACAGCACAGCUUCCAGUUGCCUCUGGCUCUGUUAAACAUGUGUUGAUUCUCUGGCAUUUCUAAACAUCUAAUAGAAUAUCAAAGUUUGGGUUUUUUAGGGGACUGAAUGUGCUUUCAAUCUCAAUGUUCACCUCCUAUUACAAAUGUAUUCUACACUUAAUUACAAUCUGACCCCAUUUGCUUUCAUAAGGUUAAAGCUAUCUGAGGGAUGUUUCCAGCAGCAAACACCUUUGCCUGGCAUUCAGUUUUCAACAUUUACUCUUUGUAUCUAAUGCUAACACACAGUAUGUUCUUGGUGUCUCCUCCUUUCUCAUCUUCCCUGUGCAUUGUCAACUGACUUGAGUCUUCUAAUGACUUCCCUUCAUCUUGAAAGACUGGGGAUAUUCAUUGCAUCUGGUCAUGUUACCUCGACUUUGCAAAAAGAUCAUUCUCAUGUUGUCUUCCAGGUCCAGGCUUGGCGUUUAUUGCGUACCCUCAGGCUGUGGCCAUGAUGCCUCUGCCCCAACUGUGGUCCAUCUGUUUCUUCAUCAUGCUUAUUCUACUGGGUCUCGACACUCAAGUAAGAUGUACAUGAGCUAUCUUUGAAUGAACAUGUUUUGAUUUAGAAAUUCAUUGACUCUGCCUCCCUCUUUCUCUCUACAGUUUGUUGCCAUGGAGGUGGUGAUGACAUCAAUUAUGGACAUGUUUCCCACUAUGAUGCGUAGGACAGGCAGACGAGAGCUUCUCCUUUUUUUCUUCUGCAUUACAUGUUUCUUCUCUCAGCUUGUUAUGAUUACUGAGGUCAGUGUUUAGUUACUAUAUUCAUUAAUCCAUCAUGACAGAGUUCUGCAAAAUGUAUGUAUCAUGACUUUGUAUUUAAACAAUGUGAAAAUGUGACAGGAAUAUGUUCUUUACUGCUGAGGUUAAAAUAACCACUUUAAUACAUGAAGUGAUGCUGCAUAUAUGUCUUAAUUGUGUCUCCAGGGAGGGAUGUAUGUGUUCCAGUUGUUUGACUACUAUGCUUGUAAUGGAGCCUGUAUCCUCUUUCUCUGUGUGUUUGAGACCCUGGCACUGGGAUGGGUAUUUGGUAGGUAUUUUUGUCUGUUUUUGGAAUGGAAAUUCUGACAAUAUCAUUCUGUACUUUAAUAAAGAAUAAAUACGAGGGACUCAAAAUUAAAUAUAAAAAAACACAAAGAAAAAAAAUGAUGUCGUCAUAAAUGUCGUAUAUAUCUGAUUCUUUCUGUUAUACAGGGGCAGAGCGGUUAUACAGCAUCAUAAAGGACAUGACAGAUGUGAAUGCCAACCCGUUUUUUAAAAUCUGCUGGCUUUAUCUCACACCCCUGGUCUCACUGGUAAGUAGAACUAUAAAUGCUCAAUAUAUGGAUUAGAGUUGGUCACGACUAUGACUUGGAUUUCUGAGUGAAGAGACUGUCUGAGUUACUGACCACUAACAAGGCAAGUGAGAUGUAGACAUUUCUUUAACACACACAGAUUUAAUGAUCCAGGAGUGAGUAUUUAAGGCCCAGGUACACACAGAUCUGGCUAACUUUCUACUUGAUGACCAGAGAUAGUUUCAGUGUUGUAUCAAGACAACCCCUCCUCUGAGUUAAAUAUUCCAUUUGUACAGAAUCUUUUAUGACACACUGUGAGGAAACAUGUGAAUUUGUCUCCUCAAAGUGUCUAUAGGGAACUGCAUGUUGUUGGUAAUAGAAGAGGACAUCAUUACCCUUAGAUGAUGUGAUCUGUCAGCACACCCGGCUUGGUGCCUUAAUAUGACAGGCUCCACUAGAGACCGAGAUUGGGCCCACAGGGCAGUCCAUUCAGGCAGCUUAACCAUCACAAACUAAUUUGGCUGGGAAAUUUAAUCCCCCUUGACUGGGGUCUGUCGGUAUACAGGAAUAGUGGCCUUCUCUAUCAUGAAGCACUCAUUCCUUAAAGGAAAAAGGUGGUGGCAAAUUUAACCAAUGUAGCACGGCAAAAACAGUCAAACAUGAACAUGAAGCAGCUGUACAAAACUGUGACAGAGUCAGGCCCUACCACAAGGUCACUAUAUCCCGUGUUUAAGAUCCAGCUCCUUUGUUAGCUCACUGGAUUAUGUAACCGGAGAAACAGUCUGGGUUUGACAUUGAUUGGCCAAGGCACUUUUGGCUUGAAGAAAAUCUGAUAGUGUUGAGGCGUACAACAGGCCACAUUGCCAAAGGGCAAGAAAGAGGAUUGUCUCUCCCCAUCAAACAUUACAGAAGGCAGUGAGCCAGUCAGCUAUGGUAGCUGUAUAAACCACAGCAGUGCAGAUCACUUUCUUGAUCCAGAGUAAGAACUAUACGAAUUUGAAGCAAGUGAAACUGAAGCAAAAUCGCUCUCUCAGUUAAAGGAUGAAAUGCUGCACUCCUGUUGUUGCUCACACAUCAAACAAUUUGAGAACAUGAAUAAGUAAAGCACUUUGGGUACCAUUUGGGAUAUUGUAAAGUGCUAUAUAAAUAAAAUUUGAUUUGAUUUGAUUUGAUUUGAAGUCAGUCCAUACACUGUGUCUUAAUUAAUCCCUCACAUGAGCCAUGUGGUCAUUUCAUGUCUUAUAGAAAUAUGUUUGUCAAAUGCUCUGUGAGAAAGUCUUGAUACUAGGAAGAAUGCCAUAUCUUUUAUCACCCUGUUUUAAGUGUUCAUGUCAGGUGAAUUCUCUGUGAAUGUUUUGUUUAAUAUAAAAUAAAUCCAACAGAAUUUCUCUUUCUGUUGUACCUCAGGGUUCUUUUAUAUCUUCAUUGGUUUGGUACCAACCUUUGACCUUUAAUCGCUGGUAUGUAUACCCAGACUGGGCAUAUGUGUUGGGUUGGAUAAUGGCUCUCUCCUCCAUUCUGCUUGUGCCAGGAUGGGCUUUAUAUAAAGUCAGCACUGGGACUGGAAACCUUUAUCAGGUACAAAAAAUCAAUGAAAGACAAAAUACUUUAGGAAAUAGCAAAGAGUACAUGGCAUUUCGGAUCAUUUGAAUUUUGUCAGAUUCUUGUCAGUGUUGUCUUUGUUUUUUCAUGCUUCAUUCUGUGCUCCCCUUAAGGGACAGUAAAAAUAACCUGAAUUGGAAAUAUGAAACUGAAUCUAAAUAUAAAAUGUGUCAUGCUUGAAUAUUAAAAGCUACAGUAUUACUGACCAGAGACAGGAUCUCAAGAUCAGCUGCAAUAAAAAAAGUGCUUGAUAGAAUUCAGAGUUCAUUUACUUCAUUGAUUGUAAUAAAUGAGCUAAAAUACAUCGGUUCCAUCAAACAUUGUCUUUAACAUUUUUCUUCAGGCAGUGUAAAUUUUUUGUUCACUUUGGUUAAAAAUUGUUGAAUAUUUGUCUCCAUUUUAGCGCCUCCUUCAUCUGUGCCAACCCAACCCUGAGUACUCACAAACCAGAAAGUGUGAAACCGAGCUUCAGUCCAUUAAAGGGGAAGUUGUCGAGGAGUUUGUCAGCUGAUAUUAAACUAUUUCAUUCUGA